UUUGCCAUCUCUGACCUCGACCGAUUUGCCUUUACAACAUCUACAACAACAGCAAACCCAACAGAUGUUUCAGCCUUCACAGCAGCAACAAGCUGCACAACUUGUCUAUCCGCCUUAUUAUGGUGUGCAGUACUAUAUGCCAGCUGCAUUUGGUGCUGCAGCUAGUAACUAUCAACAGCCUUUUAUUGUAUAUAACCCGGCAGAUUACUAUUCUCUAGCUUCUCAACAGCAACAAUUAGCUGUAGCUUCUUCUAACCAAUUUGCUAAUAUUGGUGGUCAAGUUCAACAAAAUCAACCAAUUGCAAGUCUUUUCCCAUCUAUCAAUCAACAACAAACGUCAGCUAGUAAUCCUCAAUAUGGCAAUACAUACACAAAUCCGCCUUCAAAUAUUGCGCAUCAUAUUGGUGAACAACAACAGCACCAACCGCCACCGUUACCACAGGUACAAAGUACUGGAGGCAGCAAUUUUAGCCGACCACAACAACAGCCAUUACUAACACCUGUACAUACAAAUUCCGCCCCUUAUCUAAAACAACAACAGCGGUAUGGCCAGCAACAACCACAUUGGGUUCCCGAGCAACCUCACUCGCAUUCAAUGCCUCCUACUAAUGUUACCACAUGUACAAAGCCAUAA